GCUGACUCUCUUUCUUUCGGUCGUAAGCCGGCACCGGUUCACCAUAAGAACCGACUGUGACGCGUGCCAACUGUUCCGAAAUUAUUCUGGUGCGCAGUACAACGUUGCAUUUACUCGUCUCGUCGGUUCGACCAGACCAAUUUGUAUUUUCUGACGUGGUUUUAACGCGGUAAGUUCUAAACAAUACGCGAUGGCGGCGGUUGACUGUUACCAGAAUCAAGCCCAAACUGAGGGCACCGGGCAACAGACACAAACCCAACAACAGCAGUCUCAACAACAACAGCAAUCUCAGCAGCAGCAGCAGCAGCAACAGCAACAGCAAUCACAGUCGCAACAACAGCCGCAGCAGCAACAAGCUACCGCCGGAAUUCCAGGCAAGGACGACGAACGCAAACUUUUCGUUGGCGGCCUAUCGCGUAACACUACCGAUAAAGAAUUGCGGGAUCAUUUUAGUAAAUUUGGAGAAAUCGAGAGCAUUUCCGUUAAAAUUGACCCAUACACCGGUAUUUCACGAGGUUUCGCGUUUAUGGUAUUCACCAAUCCUAAAACAAUCGACAAACUUUUGGCUUCUGGCGAGCAUUACAUCAAUAAAAGGAAGGUGGAUCCUAAACGGGUGAGUAAAAAGCCGCAACACGGAAAAAUUUUCGUAGGCGGCCUCACUCCUGAAAUUACCGACGAAGAUAUUAAAACAUACUUUGGACAAUAUGGUACGAUUGUUGAGUUACAAGCGCCAUUUGACAAGGUAAAAAAUCAGAGAAAAGGAUUCUGUUUCAUAACAUUUGACUCAAAGGAAGUAGUGUACAAGUUACUUAAAACACCCAAACAAACGAUAAAUGGGAAAGAAGUGGAUGUCAAGAAAGUAAAAGUUAAUCCAGAUCCAAGGAAUCAAGGAUUUUGGGGGCCAGGCUUUGGCUACGGAUAUGGAGGAGGCUAUGGUUACAUUCCCGAAUAUUGCAACGGCUAUCAAGGAGGAUACGACGACAUGUAUGCAAAUUAUGAUUAUGCUGGUUACGAUGGGUAUGACAAUAUGGGAUAUGGGCCUCAAGGUAAGCCACGAGGAAAUGGUCAGGGACCACGACAAUUUCAGAGACAUCAACCAUAUUAAAAAUGAAUUUAUAAAUCCUGUAUACUCAGAAUUUGGUGAUAAGGCAAGAACAUAGUAAGGAGUAGACCAACUUUGUCUGUAUGCAGACUAAGACUGAGAUAGGGAAAUUUGGGAUAAAAGAGCUUAUAGAGUCGUUGUGGGACUUGUAUAAAAGCCCCAAAUUCCCUGAUCUUUGUACAUUGGGUCUGUAAAAUACUAGGUAGCUCUAUGUACAUUUACUAAAGAAAAAGGAAAUGUAUUUUCAAUGUUUUACAAUUGGUAUAAUUUAACCAGUCAAAAGAAUCAUGUCUUUUUCUAUCUAUGCACAUUUUAUCAUUUACUACAUAGACAAACUGUUCAUAAAAACUACUGAAAUAGAUGUUCAAAUAUUUUUAUGAAAACCAAACGCUUCAUACACGAAACUGUUUCUCUUACAUAGAAACCAUACAUAAACUAAAAAUUAAAAUGAUUGAUUUACUCCUAUUUUCUUGUUAUUCAUGAUUCAUAAUACUAACAUGUAUAUCUUAUAAUUUAAUACUCUAAUUAUUCUUUAGCAUCUUAAGUUGCAUUACUAAAGUAUUGUUUAUUAUAUGCUUGGUGUUAAUCUUAUUAUAUUAGGAAACAUAACGCUGUGUCGUUUACAAUAGGACUUCAUGUCGAUAAACAGUUUCAGUUCAGAAAGCAUGUCAGUUAGAGGUAAUCAAUAGACAUAAAACGAAACACCACUCAUGGACCAACGGUUCGUACUACUAAUUAAACGUACUUCUUCCUCAUAAAUUUAUAACCUAUACGUAUUAUCUAGUAUCAUCUAUGAUUGUUUGUACACUAAAGUAAGUUCUGUAACUUAUACAAAGCAUAAGGUAUGAUAGGAAACGUACGUAUCUUCGUAUGUUUAUAUAUAUAUAUAUAUAUAUAUGUAAUAUAUAUAUAUACAUAUAUAUAUACGUGUGCACAUACGUAAUGCUGUACACGUGUGCGAAUUAGUAUAUAAUACAGUAGGAAUUAAGAGAAAGAUAAAAAUAUUUCAAAAUAAAUAUAAUUAAAAUAUGAACGUCCUGGGUAGAUAAGCGAAGAGUGCGCGAGUGGUAGAAGAUGGUCACAAAAUAUUCUAAAAUCACAUUUGAAAUUACAUUGGAAGAGCAAUAAAUAUACUGUAAUGUGCACAGAAUUUUAUAACGAGUUAUUUAGCAUUUUUCUUUCUUUUUUUAUGUUUUUUGUUUCUCUUUUUUUUCUUAUCUUUGUUAAAAGCUACAUCUUAGAAAAUAAUUUAUUGCAUUGAUGCAAUUUUUACUUUUGAUCUUCAGACGUUGCUACACUCGUGUACUCCUAUGUCACAUAAAACUCAUAUAAUUAUAGCAAAAACGAUCAUGGCUUGUUAUGUGAAAAACGUUUUGCAAACGCGGAAUCAACAGAAUGUUUAAGGCAUUGAAACUAGCGGAAAUAUAACUUUUGUAUAAUUUAGGCUACUAUGACAUUUUUUGCAUUUGCAUCAAACAGUUGUUCCUGUCUGGUGUACAAAGACUGCUCUUCAUAUCGCAAGAAGACUGUUAAUGUGUAGAGUAUCAUUCGACAUGAUACAAAUACUAGAGAAUUUGACAGCCAAUACCAUCUUGUGAUUUUCUGGAAUUAAAAAAAAAAAAAAGAAA